GUACGAGCGUCCCAAAACCAGCCAUUUAAAAAUGGCGUUCAGCCCAUCUCCAAUCUCCCUCGUAAUCUCACCAAAUUCAUCAAUUCUCUCAUACGCCUCCUUCUUUCCUAUCGUCUUUCAGAUCCCGAGGAAACCAUCGACCCUUAUAUCCGCCGCCUUCUGGAGAACUAAACGCAGAAGAACACUUUCCACACAGCCGCCGGAAAACGACAUGUCAGUCACCGUUCCUAUGCCAGCUGAGGAUGAGCCCUUUGUUAAUUCUAGAAACCGUGAUGGGGCAGUUUCUUCAAGUAAAUCGGUUCUUCAGAGGAAUAGAUACUCUAUCAGCUCUAUUAGCUGUUUUGGCGUGGACCUUACACCUGAUAAUAUUGCAGUUGCUAUGGUGUACUUUGUCCAAGGAGUCUUGGGGCUUGCUAGACUGGCUGUCAGCUUUUAUUUAAAGGAUGAUUUGCAUUUAGAUCCAGCUGAGACAGCUGUGAUAACCGGUUUCUCGGCGUUGCCCUGGCUUAUUAAGCCGUUGUAUGGUUUUAUCAGUGACUCAGUCCCACUUUUUGGGUACCGAAGGAGGUCGUAUCUAGUUUUAUCUGGACUUCUUGGAGCACUUUCAUGGAGUCUAAUGGCCAGUUUUGUUAAUGACAAGUAUGGUGCUUGUUUUUGCAUACUUCUUGGGUCUCUUUCUGUUGCCUUUUCAGAUGUUGUUGUAGAUUCCAUGGUUGUAGAGAGAGCGCGUGGUGAGACACAAAGUGUAUCGGGAUCUCUUCAAUCUUUAUGUUGGGGUUCCUCUGCCUUUGGAGGAAUUGUAAGCUCCUACUUCAGUGGCUCCCUGGUGGAUGCUUAUGGUGUAAGGUUUGUUUUUGGUCUUACCGCAUUGCUUCCUCUAUUGACAUCGGCUGUUGCUGUGCUAGUCAAAGAGCAACGUGUCCGUGGUCCAUCGAGAGGAGGCCCUUCUAGUUCAAAAGAUAGCAUCCUUGAGUUGUGGCAAGCCGUCAAACAACCCAAUGUAUUUCUUCCCACUUUAUUUAUUUUCCUUUGGCAGGCAACUCCUCACUCAGAAGCUGCCAUGUUUUACUUCACAACAAAUAAACUUGGUUUUACACCAGAGUUUCUGGGGCGUGUUAAGCUUGUGACCUCAGUUGCAUCACUUCUUGGUGUUGGACUUUAUAAUGGAUUUCUGAAGAAUGUUCCUUUGCGCAAGAUUUUUCUUGGUACAACUGUAACUGGUACUGCCCUUGGAUUGACUCAGGUUAUCCUCGUGACUGGGUUAAAUCGGCAGUUUGGUAUUAGUGAUGAGUGGUUUGCAGUUGGGGAUUCAUUAAUAAUAACGGUUCUUGGUCAGGCAUCUUUCAUGCCGGUUCUUGUUCUAGCAGCAAGACUGUGUCCAGAGGGAAUGGAAGCAACUCUAUUUGCAGCACUGAUGUCUGUAUCAAAUGGAGGGAGUGUUCUUGGGGGUCUUUUUGGUGCUGGUUUGACCCAGGUACUGGGUAUCACCAAGGACAGAUAUGACAAUUUGGCCCUUCUUUUAAUCAUCUGCAACCUCAGCUCUUUGUUACCCUUGCCGCUACUACACCUUCUUCCUAAUGAUAAUCCCAAUGCGAAUGCCAAUGGCAAACAAAAGGAAGAUGUUGAUAUUGAGUUGAAGUCUAGUUGAUAAAUCUUUCAAUAGAUCAUGAUUGCAAUCACAUUGAUCAUGUUCUGUUCCUACAGUUAUAUAGAUUACCAUAGCUGUAAAUGUGUGUGUGUAUAUAUAUAUAUAUGCAUAUAUUCCAUGUUACAAUCUAAUGAAGCCAUUGGUAGCAUAAAAUGGUGACCAUGGUGCAUAUCGACCUUCUGCAAACGAAUUAUUCACAUCUAAUCCAACAUUUUUGAAGGAGUUUGUGUUGGUUUUUGGUUUCUUAUGAUUGUCAAAAGUAGUUUUUGAUUAUAAUGCAUUUCUGUAUCAGU